GUCAGCUGACUGGUUGUGUGAGUCACGUGCUCAGGUAGCACAAACAUGGCUUCAACAACAUUCUGAUACGGAUGUACCACUCAGUUGUGUAAGAAUACAGUUUGAUUAUGUGUAAUAUAUAUUGGCGAUAUUUCCACCGACUAUGGUUGAUUGCAUUGGUGGAUGUCGCAUUUUCUGGGAAGAUGAAGAUAGUGGAGGAGCCCAAUACGUUUGGGCUAAACAAUCACUUCCUUGCUCAAGGUACAAGGCUACAGGCUAGGACCAACCCUUCUCCUGUAUCAGGACCCCCACACCUACAUCAUCUGGCAGGAAAGUGCUUUAGUUACAUCGAAUCCACGUACAAAUAUGAAUUUUGUCCAUUCCAUAACAUAACCCAGCAUGAACAGACAUUCCGGUGGAACGCCUACAGUGGAAUCCUAGGGAUCUGGCAGGAGUGGGAGAUUCAGAAUAACUCCUUCACUGGCAUGUGGAUGAGGGAGGGAGACUCGUGUGGGAGCAAGAACAGACAAACCAAGGUGCUCCUGGCUUGUGGAAACAGCAGUAAACUGGCACGGGUGUCGGAGCCGCAAACCUGUGUCUAUUCUCUUACGUUUGAGACACCAUUAGUUUGCCACCAGCAUUCCCUGUUGGUUUACCCUACUCUCAGCGAGCAACUGCAGAAGGAAUGGGACGAGGCUGAACAGGCUCGAUACGACGGUCUUGUCACGGACCAGGGUUACAGUAAGCUCCUAAGGGACCUUUUUGAGGAGGCAGGAUUCUUGAAGCGCACACAGCCAAAACCAGAUGAGCCAAAACGCCCCCAGAAGACCCAGCAAACACAGGAGCAAUGCAGACAGGACAUUGAGAAGAAGAAUGCUGAAAUCGAAAGACUACGCUCUCUGUUGUCACAACACAACAUUUCCUAUGAUGGGAGCACAGACAAACCCAAAGCACCGGUGACCGCUAACGCUUUACAGGAACGCCAGCGUCUUCGUGGUGACACAGGCCUCAUCACUGACCUUCUAUGAUUGGGCAGCCUGCAGUCUUCACCAACAUGCUGCCCAGUUUGCAAACAUGACCCAGAUGAUGUUAUCUGGUUGACCACAUUUGAUGUAGUCAUCUUAUGUGGGGGAACAAUUCAAAAGGGACCACGGCCCACACUGAUCUGUUUUCAUAUUCCUGUUUAUGUUCCUGUUUAUGUUUAUGUCUGCCAAAUGACAUAAACAUAAACGUGAGAAACUGUCCGUGGCCCACACUGAUCUGUCAGGAAGAAGCACAGUGGUUCCGUAUUUUUCAGUUUUCUUCCGCCUUCAGCUCUAGUUUUAAAGGAAAUAAUAGAUGGCUUGUUGGUUCUGGCUCAUUGCCUACUGAUAGAAAUGUGUUGUUUGAUUGUUUUAUUUUUUUUAACAAUUUUUUUUGCUUACCCACUGCCACAAGCAUGAUCCAUUCACACAGUCUGUGGACUUUGUGGUUGUUUUUUAACGCACCAUUGGGUGGAUGCAGGAUCACCUGUGGUCAGUGGAUAGAGUCUUUAUUGGCUGUGCCUAUACCAUACAACAGUGUACAUAAGUGUGUUUUAUCAUACAGUAAUAGAGUCUGCUUUAAUAAACAUGUUUCUUAUUUA